GUGCUAGCGCGUUUGACGUCGUGGCUAAUUAUCAAUGAAGAUGAGAGAAGUGUGCUAUUGAUGUUUGCAGCUAUAUUUUUCCUAUUUUCUGUCAUUUUUGCGACCCAAGCUGACAAUUUUUUUGAUAUCCAGUUGCUCAAAGCCUAUGAUCAUUUCUGUGAUAACAUUGCAACAUUAAUGAAUGAGACCGGAAUCACCGAGAGCUAUGCACGAUACAGGGAUCCUAUACUUUUAUAUGUAUCCAUGUCUGUUCUCUUCUCGUUCAUUGCCGCGAUGCUCGUAUUUCCGAACUUCCGCUACGCCAGUAUGUACACUAAUGCUCAACAAAGUGUAUCCCGAUUGACGAAAUUCGGUUUACAUAUCACAUUUUUGUUACCACUUCUCACUCUAUUAUCAUUUUCAAGUCCCGUCAAGAAGCAGCUUGUGUUUGGACCGAGAAAAUUGCUCACUGAGAAUCAGUUAGAUAUUAUGCGGGUUUAUCUAGCUAUCCUAACACUCGUAGUGAGGAUAGCUUACAAAGCGCCCCAUCUUCAGGCUCAUUUAAACUUGUCUUCCGCAAAAUUGAAAGCGUUGCAGCGAGAAACUGGCUAUAUCAGAAAUAUUGCCUUGCAAGCAACAGUCACUGUAUGUAUAAAAACUAGUUUUAGAUUUUCCGCUAUUACUCGUAUUUCUGCGCCGUCAUAUUACAGUAUUUUGCUCCCGUACUUCUUUCCUUCUUCUUUGCAUUGUUGCUCAAAACUACAGGAAGGUGUUACGCUCGAUAUUCUAGGUGAUCUCUCAUGGACAGGAAUGCCCCCUGCUCACAUAGCCCAUUCUGCUACAGUAGUGGGAUCCCUGCGCUCAAUUUUCGACGCUACAGUGUGCCGUGCUAUCUGGUCGUUUUCACUAGUCUUUGUAACAUUCACAAACGUUGUUCUCUCAUUUAUGGGCGUUAUGUACAAUUCAUAUUUUCUGCCUCUUUGA